AUGUAUACACAUGUUGCUGUGCAUCGAUCUCACGUAAUGGCGGACGAAGCACACCCUAAUGGCACCGACGCCGUGGACAAAGUAACCGUUGAAGUCGCAGAAAUGGCUAUUGACGUGAAAGAGGCAGCCAAGGGUACAGAGGCGGCGGGCGAAACCGAGAAUCCAGCUGAAGCAGCAGCGAACGGAGCCACCGCUAAACCCGUGUCCAGCGCAGCAUUCCGGGAGCAGUUUAAGGCUUUUUCCAAGUUUGGAGACACCAAAUCAGACGGCAAACAUGUUACGCUCUCCCAGAGCGAUAAGUGGAUGAAGCAGGCUAAGGUUAUCGACAAAAAGAUAACGACGACCGAUACUGGUAUACACUUUAAGAAGUUGAAAUCAAUGAAACUGACUUUCGAAGAUUACAACAAAUUCCUCGAUGAUCUUGCCAAAACGAAAAAGGUCGAGCUGGAGGAGAUCAAAAGCAAAAUGGCAAAUUGUGGCGCACCAGGAGUUCAUAAUGCUACGCCAGGAAAAGCAGCUGAAACGGUAGCCCGCCUUACGGACACUUCAAAGUACACCGGUUCUCACAAGCAACGGUUCGAUGAAACCGGCAAAGGUAAAGGAAUCGCGGGUCGGAAGGACAUGGUCGAUCAGUCGGGAUACGUGUCUGGAUAUGGACACAAAAACACGUAUGACAAAACCCAUUGAGCAGUACGUUAAAUUUACGCUAUAUUUCUUCUACAUGUGCUUCGUAACGGAAUGUAACGUAGUGCAGCAUUUUGCUAGAGAGACAGUUUUCCGAUGUAGCACAAAUAUUUAAUCGAUCAAGAACGGUUCGAUACAAUGCCACAUGGCAUUCGGUAAGGCUUUCUUGCCGAAAAAGAGCCUUUAUUUGAAACUCCCAGUGUAAAACAUAAUACAAAAAGAGAAACAAUUGACAAAAUCGAAAUUAGUGCUUUUUACAAAACCCGCUUGUUGUUGAUGUCUGUUUAAGUUACAUUUUGUUAUUUGCGUGGAUUUUUUACUUUAACCAUCCAUGUUGUCUCUAGUCCUUAAAGAUAUGUUUUACGUAUAGACUAAACUUUCGUGCAUUUUUCUCGAUCAUAUUGUUUUAAAUCAGCAAAUCGUUCAACAGAUUUAGUAAGUUUCGUGCGUUUUCAUUGGGGUGAUGCGCCUUUGAGUCGAACUGAAAACACGUCACCAGAUCAAACGAGAUUCCAAACGGCCCCUAUCACAAAGUAAAGUGGCCAUUUUUACCGAUGACGUGUUGUAUCAUUUGUACUACCCAAAACUCUUAUAAUAUGUAUUGGAAAUGAAUGAUUAAUAUACAAAUCGAAAACAAUGCGUCUAAUCUUUGCUGAUAAUGUAUUUUUCCGACAUACGAACAUCGAGCAAUAAGUCCCCUGCCAGUGUCAUUCGUUUUCAUUGCGCUACAUUUAGCAGUCCAAUGAUUAUACUGUUUUUUUUUUAUAAAAUCGUAAAUAAAUUGUUUUUAACACAUGUCUUUACUACCAAUGUCUGUCAAUGGCACUAUGUCUAGUCUUCGAUACAGCAAAGAAUGUUUAUGCCGCUUCUGCCCAAGUUUAU